AUCCUCGUGUGAAGAAUGUCUUGCGCUUGCGCAAAGAAUACUCGUAAAGAACGCCUGGUUUGUUAUGACAUUCUAUGACAAGGCAAGGAAAUUUGGUGUUUCGGCGAUAAGUUUUACCGCUUUAUCUUUGGAAAAUCUUUAUUUCCUCAAAGGGAAAAAUACCAGCAGCGGUUUGGGUUAAAGUCUAGCUGAACACCGGUCAUAAGGCUUCUAAAAACCUUUUUGAGAAUUCUAAUAAGAUGUAAACAAAAGAAGGAAAUAUCAACUUGUUAAAGCUUCAGAAAAUCUAUUGGUUUAUUAUUGAAACGGAAGGUCUUUGAUGGAUGAAGAAAGUACUGCCAACGGCACUGGAACGGAUAUGGUUACUAUAGAUCCUUUGGUGGUUCUUCCUUCCGAUAUUAUCCUAUUUAUUUUUAAAUUUUUAGCAUUGAACGAAAUCUCUCUCUGCCGAAGAGUAUCUAGAAAUUGGAAAAGAUACAUCGAAUACUUUCUUCAGCAUUUAAGGAUUUUAGAUUGUUCCUCUUUAGAAUCGGUUCUCUCCGUUGGUGGAUUGAAAUCUGUUUUAACGUCUGUUAAAAAUUUGAGAGAAAUUUGCCUUGAUCACUGUUGGACAAGUGUUACGGAAGAAAAUAUCCUACUUCUCGGCAGUAAUUGCCCUAAACUCCGUGCUAUUGCCACAACACGAUGCAAAGGAGUCACUGACAAGGCUUUGCAGUCUCUCGCAAGUUGCAAAGAAUUGGAAGAACUUAAUUUUAGUAGCUGCUUUCAGAUUUCAGAUAAUGGACUUGUACCACUGUUCCAAAGCUGUCCUCGUUUACUUGAGGUACAUGUCAGCAGUUGUUAUGGUGUUACAGACAGAAGUGUCCAAGCCCUUGCCAAGAGCUGCCCUUAUCUCAGAGACUUAGAUGUAAGCUGGUGCCACGUGACCAAUGAAGGACUAGAGGCAUUUUUAACCAGCCCCACAUCUUUGAAAAGACUUAGAAUAAAAUGCUGUUCAAAGGUGACAGAUGCUUUGAUAUGGAAAUUAACUCAGGCAGGGAUAAUUGUCAACAAUUUCUUUUGAUAUAGAAAUGAUGAAUUAUAGGAUUUAGGAUUAUACUGACUUUAUUUGCAUGGGAAUCCAAGACUGGCUCCUUUUAAGGGGGAGGGGAGGGGUAGACAGUCCCACAGAUUGGAUCAUGCUGUGGUUUUCUUUUGUGUUUGGAGUGAUUUUUUUAAAAAAGUGCUCAGUUUAUGGUUUUUCACAACAAUUAUAUUUUAGCUACAUCUUUACAUUUUAUUGAGCUGUAUACACUAAGGCUCAAACAUAGUCAUAUUUUCAAAGCACUAGAGUGUAGUUUCCAUUUUCAAUUUAGAAUAACUGUGCAUCAGAUAUGAAACAUACAAGUUUUGCUUGUAGUAUAUGUGCUAAAUGUUCUGCAGGAUUUAUAGAUGGAUUAAGUGACCUGACUUGCAAAUUAUAAAUAACAGACCACAGGCACUGUUAUCCCCAUGUGAGGUACAGGGGGUAUACUCUCAUGCCCAUGACAGGUACAGGGGGUGUACUCUCAUACCCAUGACAGGUACAGGAGUGAAUUCUUGUUAAAGUGACCCUUCCCUCAUGGUGUCUCCUCAAUGUAAAAAGGCAGUCUACAAACUGCCUUACUUGUUAUUCAUUAGUAGACUUGUCUUUCAUUUGUUAAAUGUAUUUGUGACACCUUUUUAUGUACCUUAUAUGUGCUGCAUCUGAAGUUAAACUUUUAAUUCAUUCUUUGUAAUACAGUCUCCCUUUCCGUGAUACAUUCAUUUCCAAGCCUCCUUUACCAAAACAUAUCCUGGGUGGCAAAUGAUAGAGGCCCAAGAGAACUAUUUUCCUCAGUCAGAUGCACAGCUAAAUCCCACGGCACCCAGUACAAACCCGGACUAGCCUACUAGAAGGUUGAAUGGACAUCUGACCAGAUAGCACAGAAGCUACCUAGUAUAUGUAUUGCUGGACAUUUUUGAACAGUACUAAUGAGUAAUGAUCCAAUACAUCAUCAAUGCAAAAUAACUAAGUGUUAUGAUCGAUGUGGUUCCAUAAAGGCGUUUUCCUGUAAUCUCCGGCUUCCAAUUGGUUUCCAGUCAAGGUGGUAUUCAAAAAUACAGGAUAACCAAAACGUAUGAGGAGUAGCUCUCAAACAGCCCCAUUGAGAAUGUAUGGAGCGAUGAUUUUAAAGCUAUAUUCUUUUUGAACAGGAUUGCAAUAUUGAGAACCGCUGCCAUCAAGGUGAUGCUUGUUAUGAAAAACAUCACAAUUUCAAACGCAGCAAAACUACUGAUAUCCCCCACCAUGGUCGCCAGGCUCGUACCGUGGAUUUUUCUUCGGGGGUGUAAAAUCCAAAAGCCACCCUAAUUUUUCUAGGAAGAGGGCGAGGGGGAGGGGUUGUUGGAUGGGGGGCGGUUUUUUGUUAAAAAUUUGACAACCCCCAUAAAACAAAAAAUAUAUUUUUUAUUACAUUGCAGUCUCUACAGGACGUUGAUUAUCGGAUAAGGCUACAAAAAUUGUUUGACUUCUAGAUUUAUGACAUACCAGAGUGAUCUAGAAUGCCUAUAAUAUUUUAUUCACUUAUUCCAUAGUUUUGUCUACAAAUAGCACGUUUGAUUCAGAAAAUAAAAUACAUAUUAAUGCAUUGUAAGCAGUAUUUAAAAAAAAGCAUACCGAAUUUUACACUUGUAUGCUUACCCCCUCAAGCCUAUUGUUUCUAUUGUAAGGCCAAGUAAAAAUAAACAAAUGUUUCCCGUC